UCGACGCGCCCGCCCAUGCAGCGCAGCCGCAGCAUCGACAGCAACAAGCCCGUGCUGCGCCACUGCGCGCGCGGCCUGAGCCACGGCUUCCAGAUGGACCUCAAGCAGGCCGUGGAGCUCGAGAAGCAGGAGCUCAAGAAGAUGGGGCUGCUGGCGCCCCCGCCUCUCAUCUCCGUGGAGGCGCCGCUGCCCAAGACCGUCCCGCAGGACGAGGACGAGGACGGCGUCGACGGCUCCUACUGGUUCUAUCGCCAGCAGCGACUCGUGCGUCGCGCCGCGUCAUUCACCAGCGGCCACUGCCCCGCGCCCAUGCCCUGCUCGCCGCCCGUGCCCAUCCCGCAGCACCACGAAGCCCAGCGCCGCUACAGCGCCGCCGGGGGCCUGGGCGACCACAUGACCCACGGCGUGGACGCCGAGCAACUUCAACACCUGAGCAAAUCCCAGUGCGAGGCGCGACUCUGGGACGAGUUCUGGAACUACAAGCUGUCGUUCGAGUCGCGCGAGUCGUUCGAGGCGCAAAACAACUCGCACCUGAGCACGCGGGCGCGCGCCAACAGCGACCAGUCGACAGGCGAGCGGGGCCUGCUGCUCAAGUACAGAUCCGAGUCCUCCAUGGCCUCCACAGCCGACACAGUGAUCGAAGACGAAGAGGACCUGGAAAGCAGCGUAGGCCCCGAAGAAGAAGAAGGAGGGGAAUACCCACAGCAACACGCAGACCACUACGGUGACGUGUUCGAGAUGGAC